UGCCGCAGCCCAUAAAGAGCGGAGCGCAGGGCGGCCGGGCAGCUCUGCCUCGCGGCCAUGCACUGAGGGACGGGCCGCCCGCCGCCGUGGGACCGGACCGGACCUCAGAGCGCAGGCUCCUCACGGCGCCGCGGGGCGCGCGCGUCUCCUCACGGCGCCUCCCGCGUCCCGCCGCCUCCCGCGUCCCGCCGCCGGCCCCGCGCGCGGCAGUGGCGCCCCGGCUGAAGAUGCAGAGGUGCGCUGGCUUCCUCCUGCUGUCUGCCGUCUGCUGCGCCGCCCUGUCGGAAACGCUGGGGCUGGUUCUCUCGGCAAAAGAAAAAAGGGGCUGGACUUUGAACAGUGCUGGUUACCUACUUGGGCCACAUGCAGUAGAUAACCACAGAUCUUUUAAUGAGAAACAUGGUUUCACUGGUAAACGUGAAAUACAGCCUGAUGAGGAUAUUAAAGCAGGGGAUCUUGGAAGACCGCUGGCUGAUGAAAACAUUGUGCGCACAGUAAUUGAAUUUUUGACUUACUUGCAUCUUAAAGAGGUGGGAGCACUUGACAAACUACCUUCACCAGACGAAAUGAACCAGUCUUGAAGAAGAAUGCAUUUUUAUUUGGUUGUAGUGUAGAUUUAGAUUGAAUUCUAAACAAAAGAUCCAAAUGGGCUGAAGAUGAGAAGGA